CUUCUUUUAACUGUCCCCAAAAUCUCUUGUCCCGUCGUUGAAUAACAAAACAACCCCGCCACAACCGCCCCUCUCGCCGGCCGACGGGAGUGAGACCAGCACCUUGUUUCGCCUCACCUAUUGCACCUAUAGGAGGAGAUUUCUUUCUUUUCCCUUUAAUGAUUUUUGCGUUUCUCUGGCGAAAUUCACUCUCUCCGUCUCUCGCUCUGUUCAAGGUUUUCUUCUAUGGCGACGUCUAAUCUCUCUACUGGAGUGCCUUUGCUGAAAUCUGAUUCUACCAGAGCUGCCGACUGCCUUGCCUCAUGUAGAACCGUUUCUGCUGCUUUUGGUCCCGAAGCGAAGAGUAGAGGGAUGUGUUUGCAAUCGAAGCUAAUCACUCUGGUUAGAUGCUUAAGAAUAUCCGAGCAGCGGGAGGUUGCGUCUGAUAAUGACUCUCUGGACACUGAUCAGGACGUUUCAAACUCUGCCUUUGAGCCUCAGUCUAAUGGAUUCCCUCUUAGCGGGGUGAAGUUAAUGACGAAGUCUGGAAGGAAAACUAAGAUAGUCUGCACCAUUGGUCCUUCAACAAGUUCACGCGAAAUGAUAUGGAAAUUGGCAGAGACUGGGAUGAAUGUGGCUCGUUUGAACAUGUCCCAUGGGGAUCAUUUUUCCCACCAGAAAACCAUUGAUUUGGUUAAGGAAUACAACGCUCAAUUUAAAGACAAAGUUAUAGCCAUUAUGCUUGACACAAAGGGCCCUGAGGUUCGAAGUGGAGAUGUACCUAAACCAAUCUUGCUCAAAGAGGGACAAGAAUUUAACUUCACAAUCAAAAGAGGAGUCAGCACAAAAGACACUGUUAGUGUCAACUAUGACGACUUUGUAAAUGAUGUAGAAGUUGGAGAUAUUUUACUUGUUGACGGUGGAAUGAUGUCAUUGGCUGUUAAGUCAAAGACGAAUGAUUCGGUUAAGUGUGUAGUCAUUGAUGGUGGCGAACUCAAAUCGAGGCGUCAUUUGAAUGUUCGCGGAAAAAGUGCAACAUUGCCUUCUAUAACAGACAAGGACUGGGAAGAUAUAAGGUUUGGGGUGGAUAAUCAGGUUGAUUUUUAUGCUGUUUCUUUUGUAAAGGAUGCUAGAGUGGUUCAUGAGCUGAAAGACUAUCUGAGAAGCUGUAGUGCAGACAUUCGCGUGAUUGUAAAAAUUGAAAGUGCAGACUCCAUUCCUAAUCUUCAAUCAAUACUUUCAGCGUCAGAUGGGGCAAUGGUUGCUCGAGGAGACCUUGGGGCUGAACUUCCAAUCGAGGAAGUUCCUUUAUUGCAGGAAGAUAUUAUUAGAAGGUGUCAUAGCAUGCAGAAACCUGUUAUUGUAGCAACAAACAUGUUGGAAAGCAUGAUUGAUCAUCCCACACCAACUAGAGCCGAGGUUUCUGAUAUUGCUAUUGCAGUACGAGAAGGUGCUGAUGCAGUCAUGCUUUCAGGAGAAACUGCUCAUGGGAGGUAUCCAUUGAAGGCUGUGAAAGUGAUGCAUACUGUGGCUUUGAGAACGGAAUCUAGUCGACCAAUUAAUUCUACUACUCCAAAUCAAUUGAUUGUCGGCAAGAGACGUAUGGGAGAUAUGUUUGCUUUUCACGCCACCAUUAUGGCCAACACCCUAAAUACUCCUAUCAUCGUUUUCACAAGAACUGGCUCCAUGGCUAUACUCUUAAGUCAUUAUAGGCCCUGCUCUACUAUCUUUGCCUUCACUGAUGACCAAAGAAUUAAACAAAGGCUGGUGCUUUAUCAUGGGGUCAUGCCCAUCUACAUGCAGUUUUCAAAUGAUGCAGAAGAGACGUUCUCCAGAGCACUCAAGUUUUUACUGAAUAAGGGCCACGUGGUAGGGGGAGACAACGUUACACUUGUCCAAAGUGGAGCUCAACCAAUUUGGCGGAAAGAAUCUACUCACCACAUUCAAGUACGUAGGAUCCAAGGGUGACUUUGCGGGUUAUUGAAACAACACGUGGCAACUCCACGUCAUGGAUUACGAGUCAGGCACGUCUCUUCUCUCUCUCUUGAGUGAAUGAGGUAACAUAGCAUAGUCCUUAUUAUGGGUAUUGUCUUUCUCUCUCUCCCUUUUGUCGUCCAGCUCCCAUGGAGUCAAUGAGGUAAUGAGGCAUAGACCUUAAAAAACCUCUCAUCGUCUAGGGGGUUUUGCUUCUCUCUCUAGGUAAUGCCAAUUUGGUCACCCCGUCUCUCUCUCUACUAAAGCUUUAUAGCUUAGCCUGAAAAUACGUGGGGGAGAGAUCAGCAUGCAAGGAGGCUAAAACACUUGGCUCGUUGUGCAGUGCCAAAUGUACAGAAAUAAAGCCAUUCCUAUUUCUCUCUCAUUGUUCCAUCCCCUUCUGCAUUUGAGAAUUCCGGUGAGAAGCUCUUUCACUUCUCUAGUAUGUACUGCCACUUAUCUUUUUCAUGUUCAAACAAAACUUAACAAAC